AUGCUCGUCGUUCACCCCUCCUCUCAAUGCGAUGUUUGCCUGGACGCCUAUACUUGGGUCACACCCACCAAAACUCCACAUGCUAUCCAGUGCGGGCACGUCUUUUGCUAUGAUUGCCUGCGCACGGUCCAUCCCAGCAACUGUCCUAUGUGCCGCAAGGGAUUCAACCCCGAGCGCAUCAAGAAACUGCACGUCGACAAGGCCCCGGGUGAAGGUUCAUCAAAGAUGACGGAGGAAAACGAGUUGCUGAGGCGAGUGGGCUCGCUGUUCGCCGAAGACACGGACGAGGAGGACGUGAACGCGCUCGUCGAAGAAGUUACGGUCUGGUUGGCUCGCAACUCCGGCUCCAUGGUGAGUCGUGCCAUCUCUGUGUUAUUGCACAGGGCGGUCCCGUGA